AUGGAGGCAUGCCGGAUUUUCCGCCUGGCGAUGAAUGACGUCACAUAUACCUAUGGACUUUCCGCGGGUGCUGGUUUGGGACUGUCGUUGAAAUGUUUUCAAUGGAUGCCGACCGUCGAAGCGGAAAACUCGUCGAAAUUGAAUUUGCGACAGAGAUUCAAUUUCGUCGCGGAUGUCGUGGAAGAUGUUGCGAGCGCGGUUGUGUACAUCGAAGUUAAAAGCAUGAGAUUUUUCAACAUAAUGCCACCGAACGGAUCGGGAUUCAUAGUGAGAAAAGACGGUUUGAUACUGACGAACGCUCACGUCGUCAUGAACAGAACGAACAGCGUCGUACAGAUCAAACUUCAAGACGGGAGAACAUUUUCCGGCAUCGUCGAAGACAUCGAUCUCAAAUCGGAUUUGGCAACGAUACGAAUCAACGCGCAAAAUUUACCCGUCAUGAAAUUGGGAUCGUCGUCGGACGUGAGACCCGGAGAAUGGGUCGUGGCAAUAGGAAGUCCGCUCUCGCUUUCCAAUUCUAUAACGUGCGGCGUCAUAAGUUCGACUCGUCGUCAAAGCUCCGAAAUCGGAAUCACGAACAAAGAAAUGGAGUAUUUGCAAACGGAUGCGUCGAUAACGUUCGGGAAUUCCGGCGGUCCUCUCGUCAAUUUGGACGGAGAAGCCAUCGGCAUAAAUUGCAUGAAAAUCGCCGGAGGGAUUUCCUUCGCCAUACCCAUCGACUACGCGAAAAGUUUUUUGAAAAGAUCCGAACAGAGAAUCGUUCGUCAUAAUUCGCAAAUCGUCAAACUCAAAUACGCGGGCGUGACGGUGUUUUCCCUCACUCCCGGCAUGUUGGACGAAAUGCGAUUCGGUGAGUAUCACAUGCCGGAAGAAAUCACGAGCGGAUUAUUGAUAGGAAAAGUCGUUUCGGGAUCUCCGGCACACAUAAGCGGACUCAAAACCGGAGAUGUCGUCACGCACAUAAAUUCAAACGUCGUGCAAGAUGUGAAUAGCAUUUACAAAGCGUUGGAAAGUGGAAAACCUCUCAACAUGAGAAUAAUAAGAAAUGGAAUUUUCCAAGAGAUAAUAAUAAUACCGGAAGAUAUUUAA